GUUCCCACAAUGCACGCGCCCGUCAGCUCUAGCGCUGCUGUGUUUAGAGGGAAAGAAACAGCAGGCCCGAAACAUACACACUUUAUUGAACAAAAAAUUCAUUAUCGACUGCGAACAGUUUUUGAGAGUUCAUCGAGAUAUGGCUGGGAAUCGAUUUUUUUUAUCUGCACCCUUGUGAGAUGGAAGAUGGAAGAAUGCGUUUGAAAUGCAACUUUUGUGGGGAUCAAAAGUUUCUGGGAGGGAGUAAUAGUGGACAUGCAUUUUCCAGAGGUCUGUCAAGAUAAUGAAUGUGCUUUUGUUAGAACAGAAGUCUGAACAUGCAAAAAAAAAAUCUUCACUCCCAAGAAAAAUCACCUGUUGGAGCUUUUUGUCAGGCACUUGCUUUUGUCUCUAAAGCGGGUGCUCAAUCAUGUUUCUAGAGAUCUACCUUCCUGGAAAGUUCAGUUCCAGCCCUGCUCCAACACACCUGUUUGUAAUUAUCAAGUGUGCCUGUUUAGGAAUGAAGCUACACUUUGCAGGUAAGGAGAUCUCCGGGACCAGGAUUGAGCACCUCUGCUCUAAAACAAUGUGAUUUUAAUUGUACUCAAUUUCUAACUUCUCACAGAUCGUUGGUUUUUCACAGAUGUACAGUGACAUACUCCUUGAAAACCACCCAUAUAUGUGAGAAAAUGUUCCAAGGCAAAGACCAGCUAAACAGCCACCUGCAAAACCAUGACCCCAACAAGCAGGAGCUACGGUGCGAGGAAUGCGGAAAGCAUUACAACACUCGUCUAGGUCUUAGACGCCACGUGGCCACUCAUGCCACCUCCGGCGGUGACCUCACCUGUAAGGUCUGUCGUCAGACGUUCGAGAGCAUGUCGGCGCUACUCGAGCACCUGAGUACGCACACCGGCCGGCCUCCUCCGGGGACUGUGGUACGGGAAAGGAAACAUCAGUGUGAACGGUGCGGUCGGUGCUUCUUCACUCGCAAGGAUGUGAGGCGCCAUGCAGUGGUGCACACCGGCAGACGGGACUUCCUGUGCCCACGGUGUGCCCAGCGCUUUGGCCGUCGUGACCACCUCACCCGACACCUGAAGAAAAGCCACGCCCAAGAUUUGGAGACCCCUCCUCCGAUUCUCAUUAAGGAGGAGCCAAGUCCCAAUUUGUGCUCUGUCGGAUCUCCGAAAGAUGCCACAGAGGCAUUUUCCAUGGCCAUGUUCAGCCCUCAAGGCCUUCCGAGCACAUCUACCUCAGGGGUCAAUCAUCACCAUCACACGAUGGUGUCUGGCCCCCUGUCCAGCCCGAUGGGUGUGGGCUGCUACCUUGAGCCAAACAAGCCUUCUCUGCAGCAGUACCAGCAGGCUCACAGAUAUCAGCAGAGUUCCACUACCUCAUAUCUGAAAGUGGAGAUGGAGAACUUCCUGGCCGAACUCCAGUGCGGGCCAAUGCCACCACAGGCCGCUGUGGCAACUGCCGUCUCCCGGCCUGGCGACUUUCUCCCUGAUAGUCUGGGAGGUCAGAGUGCCCAUUUCACCCUCAGGAACUCAGCGUUCACCUCAGCCGAGCCGACUACCAGCUCCACCAACAUGGACCUCUCGCACCUGUUGGGCUUCCUGCCAUUCGGCCUGCCUCCCUACAGCACUCCCUUGGGAUACUCCACCACCACUGCGCCCCCAAGCCCUACCUCUCAGAUCUCUGGGCCACUUACCUCAUUUCAGCCACAGUCACUGCAGGAGCCUCAGGCUUCAGGGCACUUAAACCAGCUCUCUGGUUUCUCUCCAACUCUACCUCGAUUCCAUCAGGCCUUCCAGCAAUGACGUCGCCCAAGUCCACUAUUACCUGCCAGUCAAAUGCAACAGUUCUGUUGUGUCAUUGCCAAGUAGCUCAUAGGUAAUGAACUGGAGACUGUAAAGUUAGGUGGGUGCGAGGUCUUUAAAUAGAUCCUGUAGAAUUAGACAGAAGGAUCGCUAGGAUCGAUAUUUGCCUUUAGAAUAGAUUUAACUUUGUGGUUUUUCCUAGAGGAUCUUCAGAGUGUUUUGUAGUGAUAAAUGAACUUAUAAAUUCAUUAAAAAAAUGUAACUGAAAAGUUAGCAAAAGAAAUACCUCAAUAUUUUUGUCACGAAGGAAAAUAAUGCUAUUACAGUGUUCUCCGUUGUAAAAUGAAGCACUUUUUAUCAACGGCACUUCUAAGACUAAAGGUGCGGUCACAUUUAUUAUUGAUCUGCGAACUUCAGGCAUUUCAAUAGGAUUCGGCUUGGAAGCUUUGUAUGUGGAUGAAAGGUUUCCCUGUGCAAAGUUGGUGACACAAAUUUGCCACGUUGACCAACAGAAAUCUGCUUGUUUUUGAAAAUGACUUAUGUGUGUGUGCUUUGCUUCAUACAUCUUCCCUUUUUCUCCAUGAAAUUCCGCCAAAAUUUCUCUAAUGUGACCGCACCAUAAAGUCAAGUUGAACUGUGGUCUUAGAUGUGCCUCUCAGCUUACGGUCACACACAACAAAAAUCCUACCUCUCUAAGCUGAACUCUUGUCACGAAUAGAAUUCAACCAUUUGACAAGAAAUUAAGCAAAUCCUCACGCAAAUUGCAUGAAGAACGUUAUCUCAUUUCAUUUUCUCAUUCUCAUUCAUUUUUUGUUUUUUUAAUUUUUUUAAGAAUGCUCAGUGGUUUUAGUUGAUGAAUUUUUUUAGAGUCAGGUGAUUAAUUAGCAUUUAAUUAAUUAGCUUGUGUUGAGUUUAGCCUUUAGGUAAAAGUUUUUAGGCACUGUUGUGUUCACAUCCUCAAUGCUUAUGAAAGGAAUCACAGUUAUUGUCUAGACCCAUCUCUCUCUGUUCAUUCCAGAGUAUUUUGUGAAUGAAAUUCAGAAUAAAGCUUUGAUUAUUCUAGAAUUGAAAAUCAUAAUAAAAAAGCAAAUAUUUGUUUAAAAUUAAGUAGCCCAUUCAGACAAAUUCCCAAUAUGGGAACUAAAUAAAAUAUACAUUUUUCGUUUAGUAAUAAACAUGAAUUUAUCAUAUUUGUGUCCUGCAUAAUGAUGUUAAAAGAAACUUUGGGGG